AAAAAAGAAAGAAAGAAAGAAAGAAAAAGUAUGAAUUCUUCCUCUCCUGCGUGAUGAAGAUCUUGCAAACAUUGUUUGAGCCCAACCGUACCACCAAAUAAAACGUGACGUCACAGCCAGAUGCAAAUAAAAAGUGACACAUGAACUACGGAAGGGAAAGAAAGCCCUGCCUCUGCAUCGGUGCGUGCAUAUCUACUGAGUUCGAAUGCAAACACUCCAUGCUGUACCUCAAUUAGCACCCCACUCUUCCUCCGGCUUUUUUUUCCUACUCCGAUGCUUCACACUCGGCCGCCAACACAAGGUUGACAUCAGCCUGUGGUGAUGGAAGACACGAGCAGUGACGGUGUUCCAGAGCUCACAUCACCACUUGUGACCCACGAGGAGAAUGGUACAGGUCGCAUGUUUGAGGUGGCACUCCAGAACGUCUCCUCUGAGCGCGGUCCCCAGAUUGAGGGUGUGGAACUGCUGCAGUCCUUCAAGCUGCUCAUCAUUCCCUGCUACACUCUCGUGGCCCUGGUGGGCGUCGUCGGUAACUACCUGCUGCUGUACGUCAUCUGCCGCACUCGCAAGAUGCACAACGUCACCAACUUUUUCAUUGGAAACCUUGCCUUCUCUGACAUGCUCAUGUGCGCCACGUGUGUCCCCUUCACUCUGGCCUACGCGCUCAACCCCCGUGGGUGGGUCUUUGGGCGCUUCAUGUGCUACCUGGUCUAUCUCAUCCAGCCGGUGACCGUGUACGUGUCAGUCUUCACCCUUACCGCCAUCGGGGUGGACAGGUACUAUGCCACUGUGCAUCCACUGAAAAAGCGGAUCUCUGUCUUGGCAUGCACCUACCUGCUGUCCGCUAUCUGGCUGCUGUCCUGUGCUUUGGUGGCUCCAGCUGUGGCUCACACCUACCAUGUGGAGUUCCAAAAUGAGGGCUUCACCAUCUGUGAGGAGUUCUGGAUGGGUCAGGAGGGGGAGCAUCUGGCCUACGCAUACAGCACUCUCUUCAUCACCUAUGUGCUGCCUCUGUCUGCACUGUGCAUCUCUUACCUGUGCAUCUCUGUCAAACUGAGGAAAUGUGUCGCGCCAGGCUACCGCACCCAGAGCCAAGCGGAGGCCCAGCGCAUGCGCAAACGCAAGACCUUCCGCCUGGUGAGCCUAGUAGUGGCCGCUUUUGGUAUUUGCUGGAUGCCCAUCAGCAUCUUUAAUGUGCUGCGUGACAUUGAUAUCAGCCUCAUUGAUAAGCGCUACUUCCUGCUCAUUCAGUUGCUCUGCCACCUGUGUGCCAUGAGCUCAUCUUGCUGCAACCCCUUCCUUUACGCCUGGCUCCAUGAUCGCUUUCGUUCUGAGCUUCGCAAAAUGGUCACAUGCCGCCGUCGUAUUGGCGUUGCCUCCAACAAUGCCGCCACCGCCAGCGUUGUGCUGUGAAGGAGUCGUAAUAAGCACCAAUAACAUGCAAAGAUUUGUAAUCAUGCACAUGAAGGAUAUCGCAGAGGGAGAUGUGUGCUAAAGGGCAGGCGCUUCAAAUGCAGUCUGGAAGGUGAUUGGAUGAGUGGUGUGUAACAUGAAUGGGGCAGGCAAGCAGCCAGUAAGCAGAGGCAAGAUACAGUAGAGGAGAAAAGGCAUCCUUUCUAUCAAGAAAUAACAAAACUUCUCAUAAAAUGCUACCUAGAGUAGCAAUCUCAUCGAGACCCUGCCAUCAAGGACAAGUGUGCUUCUUGCAUUUGUCACACCUAAUCCACACCCAUACUCACUGCCUCUUUGACCAGCCCAUUUGGUCCGAGAGAUACGUUUUUGGGAUUAGAGACUUGUUGGAAAUGACGUUUCCUUGAGGUGUGUGUGUUCUUUUAUGUUGUGUAACAUGUAACUGUGAUUUGCCCAAACUGUGACGUCCAUUUGUCAAACAUUUUCAGACUGAUGUGUUAAAUGUUGUGUCCUACAACACAUUUGGCGCUCCCGUAUUACGCUGACAUGAACAUCUUAAAUGAAAUUGACCGUCUUGCAGUAUACAAACAUGUUAGUACAGCUGGUCUCAGUGCUUGUGAAAAGAAACAAUGUAGAUAUAGAUGUACAGAAUUUAUUCUUUCAAAAAAAAAGUAUAAUGUAAGUACAUGCUAUCGGAUGAAAUGUGUGUCUUUCAAUCAAAUACAAGCACAGUUUUCAUUUGGAUGUAAUAUUAGUGUCUUUAUUUAAAAAUAAAACCACAUUGAUAUUGUCCGCAUUGCCUCUGUUCAAAGUA